UAGUGCCAAACGCCUUCCUCCUCUCUCACCUCUCACGCGUUCCAAACCCCUCUCUCUAUAUAUACUCCUGCCUCUCUUCGUACUCAUCACGAUCUUCACAACCCUAGAGCGAACACAGAGAGAGAGAGAGACACACAGAGAGAGCUGAGAAGAGAGUUUCGUUCGCUGCUGUGAUUAGGUUUUUCUACAGAAGACGAAAGACUCUUUUCGCAGUAGCAUUCAAUUCUCUCCCUGUUUUGAUUUUGAAAAAAAAAAAUGGCUCGUUCUCUCUCCAACGCUAAGCUUCUCUCUGCCUUCAUCGUCGAUAGAAUCUCCGUUUCUGCAAGCAGGCGAGGAUAUGCGGGGGCGUCGCAAGGUGUUGCUGUGAGUGGAAGUGGAGGAGCAAGGGCGGCGAUGGCGAAGAAAGGAGGUGAAGAGGUGACGAAGACAUCGUCGUGGGUUCCAGAUCCGAAGACAGGGUACUACAGGCCGGAGAAUCACGCAGACGAUAUAGAUGUGGCUGAGUUGCGUGAGAUGCUAUUGAAGAACAACAUCAGAAGACACUGAGAUGGAAAUCAAUCAUCCAAAUCAAAUCACCAUUAUUAUUGGUAGAUGAUGAUGCUGUUAAACAAGAUGAAGAUAUAUGUGUUUUGUGUUUGUUUGCAAAUAUAUAUUUGCUGUGUAGCCUGUAGGCUCCUCUGUUCUCUUGUUGAAGGAAUGAUUAGUUCUUUAUUCUCGUUUGUUCUUUA